AUGUCCGGCGGAAUGGUCAGGAGCCUGGGGAAGGGAAGCGCGCCCCCGGGGCCCGUCCCCGAGGGCCUGAUCCGCGUCUACAGCAUGAGGUUCUGUCCUUUCGCCAAGAGGACGCUCCUGGUCCUGAGGGCCAAGGGAAUCCGGCACGAAGUCAUCAACAUCAACUUGAAAAAUAAGCCUGAGUGGUUCUUCAAGAAGAAUCCCUCAGGCCUGGUGCCGGUCCUGGAAACCAGUCUGGGUCAGUUGAUCUGUGAAUCUGCCAUCACUUGUGAGUACCUGGAUGAAGCAUAUCCAGGGAAGAAGCUGUGGCCAGGGGACCCCUAUGAGAAAGCUUGCCAAAAGAUGGUCUUUGAGUCCUUUUCUAAGGUGCCAUCUUUGAUGAUAAGUUUUCUUAGAACACAAAAUAAGGAAGAUUGCUCUGGCCUAAAAGAAGAACUGCAUAAAGAAUUCAGCAAGCUGGAGGAGGUUCUGACUAAUAAGAAGACAGCCUUCUUUGGCGGCAGUUCUCUUUCUAUGAUUGAUUACCUCAUCUGGCCCUGGUUUGAAUGGCUAGAAGCCUUGGAGUUAAAUGAGUAUGUAGACCACACACCAAAUCUAAAGCUCUGGAUGGCAUCCAUGAAGAAGGAUCCCACAGUAUCAUCCUUCCCCACUGAUGUGAAGACCUUUCAAGGUUUCUUCAACCUCUACAUGCAGAACAGCCCCGAGGCCUGUGACUAUGGUCUCUGA